GUUGUUAGCUCCAGUCCCUGUAACGGCUGAAGGGGUGGCGGCUGGACCUACUGAGUUUUUGCCACCUCGUAUGUCCAUCCACUAUCAGGGGACGUACGGGCCGAUUGAGGAGAUGAUUCCUCCGGCUCCUGAGGGUGAGCGCUUCGUGGAGCGGUUGAUCCCUCGUCACCAGACUCGAGUAAGCUUAGUUAUUUGCAACUUAUGUCCAUAUAUGUUAUGCAUGUUUAUAGACUUUACUUCUUUGACAGUUCUCACGCGAGGUGGUCACGGCGAUGGCACGGUGCAUAGAUGCCUUCCGGAGCUAGCUCAUUCGGAUGAGGAAUGUGGCUACAUGUCGUCUUGACGACGCCGUCCAGGAGGGUCAGCCCAUUCCUUCUCGUACCCGCACGAGAUUUGAGGUGCGGAGGGAGCCGGUGAGGUCUAGCUCGAGACGUCGCCGCACUGGUUCUGGUGGUCGAGGCGGUCGUUCUGAGGCUGCCGGUACCGAGGCGAUAGAGGGCUCAGGGACUUCAUCUAAGGGUGCAUAUGCUGCGCCGGUGGGCCAGGGAGAGGCUACCUCGGCUCUUAAAGGUGGUGGGAUGUACGAGGUCGGCUCGUCAUCGCAGCAGCCUCCGCAGCCUCAGCCUCAGGUUGAUUUUGGGAGGACGGGUCUUGUGCUGAGUUUUCCACCUCCCAAGGAGACCGGAGCUGGAGCUAGUGGAGAGGUUACUCCUCGUACGGCGCAUUUUUAUGAGAUGAUGGGUGUACGUCCCCCGACGCCGUAGUUUGUU